AUGAGAGCAACCACCCGGAAGCCCACCAACCUAUCGAAGGUCAGCCAAAUGAUCCAGGAGUCAGCAGCAGAUAACCCAGAGGACUGUAAGCUGGCCUUUGAGGCUUUGUUAAAGGAAUUGGACCUUCUGGGGUACAAAGCCUCUGCAAAGAAGGCACAGGCACUCCAAGCUGUCUUAGACCAAGUUCAGGGACUGGUACGAGAAACCCAUAAAUCUGACAGCCCACCCAUAGCCCUGGACCAUUUGGACUUGGAACCUGGGGAUUGGAUCUGGGUUCGCAGGCACCAGAUGCCAAACCUGGAACCAUGGUGGACCGGACCUUAUCCUGUCAUCUUGCUCAUUCCAACUGCUGUUAAGGUUGCCAGACGAGCCCACUGGAUUCACCACUCUCAAGUCAAGCAAGCUCACUCAGACCACAUUCCUCAGACAUGGACGGCAAAAAGAACAGACCAUCUGCUCAAAUGCUGCCAGACCACGUCUGAAGACUUGCAGCAAGAAUUUGAUCGUUAUGGUCCUAUAGUUGAUGUAAAUGUUCCACUUGAUUUCUACACUCGACGUCCAAGAGGAUUUGCUUAUGUUCAGUUGGAGGAUGUUCCGGAUGCUGAAGAUGCUUUACAUAAUUUGGACAGAAAAUGGAUUUGUGGGCGACAAAUCGAACAGUUUGCACGGGGGAAUCUGAAGACACCACAUCAAACGAAAGCCAAGGGAGGGAGGAAUGUGUACAGCUCUUCACGCCACGAUGAUUAUGGCAGAUACAGACGUUCUAGGGGCUGGAGUUACAAAAGGAGGAGAUCGAGCUGGUCUUUUGAUUACAGCUAUAGGAUAUCUUAUAGUCCUAGAAACAGUAGGCUGACUGGGAGACCACGGCGUAGCAGAAGCUGUUCCGACAAUAGUAGACCAAACAGCAGCUGGAAUACCCAGUACAGUUCUGCUAACUACACUUCAAGAAAGAUCUGA